CCCAGCUCCCAACUAGUUCAGCUUCAGCUCUGCUCCAUUCCCAUUUCUAGAAACUUCCAGCUGACAAAUCCGGUUUAAUUUCUCAAGGCCUCUCCAUUUGUUGAUACUACAAGAAGGUCUCUUAAACGAGCAAGCAUAAGAGCUGAUGCGGGGAGCAGAUAAACUUAUUUAAUGAGAAGAAGACAAAGGACAGUGGAAAUUUGAUUUGCAAGCUACCCAAGAAAGAGCUACAAGAUUUGUGCAGGAAACAUGGGUGAGGAUAGGUUUUCACUCAGAGAGAUGAAGAUGAAGACAAAGGACAGUCGAAAUUCCAUUUACAGUCUACCCAAGAAAAAGCUUCAAGACUUGUGCAAGAAGUACGGUUUGUCUCCUUAUAAGACAAAACCCAAUCUCGUGAAUUCUUUGAUCAAUUACUUCAAGAUUGCAGAUGUAGAAACUUCCGAAGGCAAUUGGUACAACCUUCAAGAUUCUUCUGGCCUAUGUGAUGAGAAGGGUUUCAAUCAAAGAGUUCACAGUCCACCAAUAAGUUUUCCCAAGAAUGCAUUUACUUCUGACGUAAAGUCAACUCAUGUGCCUUCAUUUGAGUUUUCUGUCUCAUCGGAUGAUGGAAUCAACCUUUCAGUUGACUUAAAUUCAUGCCCAUCAGACCGUUUUAGAAGAUUGGAAAAGGAGUGUGUAUGUAACAAUAUGCAGAAUCACAAAUUUCAAAGUUUCUGUCAGGAGAUUCAAUGCCUAAGAAAUAAUAGACAAAUGACAAGUUCAUUUCUCUGGGAAACAGAUUCAGACGAUGUUGUACGUCAUACAGAAAAAACAGAUGAUGCGGCUUUAGGAUUUUCAGCAACAAAAAAAUCACGUGAUGUAAGUUGUCUCAAUUCUAAAAGGCAGAGAACUUGUUCUCCGGAGAAGCUUACGGUGCUAGCUCAUCUCUCUUCGGAAACUGAUUUUUCUGAGAUAGAGGCAUCAGAAAUUGGCAGUCAUCAUCGACAUGUAUCAUAUUCUUCUUCUGAAAAAGAUUACCUUAAAAAUUUGGUUGAUGCAGCAGAAAGCCUAAGAAGUCAACUACCCAAUUCUUGUGAGGAUAGCUGUAGAAUGGACAAGCCUUCAUCUGCUGAUGGAGGGGCAAGGGACAGCUCUGCCAACGGAAUAGAAGCUUCAAAAGAGCUUCCGGAGACGCAUUUAUUGCAUGGAGGAAAGAAGAGAAAGAGGGAUGAUUUUAAAUUUGAUAAUGUUCAUCAUUAUAAUGAUGGGAGAAUUUUGAGAAGUGCAAAGCGUCUACAAAGUCAUCCCAGAAGAUCUUUGCGGCUUGUCCAUAAGUGACAGGUGGUGUGGACUUCCUAAGAGUUAGAGAUCUGCUUAUGUAAUAUUAUACUCUCAGUGCUGAUUUACAACAUACAUGUCUUUGUGGUUCUUCUACUCUGUAUUCAAGAGAAGAUUAAUUACUUGAGGUUAGGCCAAGCUGUUUAACACGCUAUCUGCUUCUCAGUCAACUAGAAAAAAACAUUUGAACUUCUCUCUGUUGUUAUGGUUUCUGAGAGGGUCUACCGGAAACAGUCUCUCUACCCUCAUAAGGUAGGGGUAAGGUCUCCGUACUCACUACCCUUCCCAAGCCCCACUCGUAGGAUUUCACUGGGUUUUUUUUUGUUGUUGUUGUUGUGUUGUUAUGCCUCAUUUUUUAAAACUUUGCACCUCUUUGCUGUUUGUUCUACCAGUUUGUGUCACUUGAUCUGAACUCUGCGGCUUCAGAGGAAUAUACACCUCUAAUCUCCCAAAAUCAAGAGGGGAAUGUACACCUCUAAUCUCCCCCCAAUUUAUUUAUAUUUAAUACAAAGAGUUCAUUUGAUGCUUUAUCACAGCCUUUUUCCAACUGUCCACCCUAUGUUUGUUUUCAUCUUUUCUUGAUUUUAUUUUUCUUGAGCCGAGGGUGUAUCGAAAACAACCUCUCUACCUUCUUAAGGCAGGGGUAAGGUGUCCUACGCACUAUCCUCCUCAAACCCCACUUGUGGAUUACAUUAGGCUUGUUGUUGUUGUUACCACUAAAUUCACUUCUUGCUAAAAUCAUGAGGUGAGGAUAACACUUGCUUAUGACUCUUGUAGAAGGGUUAGUCUUAUUGUUCUUCUUUGUCUUCCCUCCAUUUGGGAUUAACUGAUAGAGAGGGAUAACAUAGCUAUCUUUACGUCACCUAUCAUAUUUUUGAGAAAUAUACAUGUGGUUUGUCUCUUGUC